GAGGUCGAAUGCGGCUGGCUCCACACGUCAUAGAGACAGUCUGUCAAGUACCGCUCCUCCCCCUCCGCCCAACUCCCUUCCUCAGCGGCUCAGCCGUGUCCCUGCGCCCCCUUUCUCCCUUGCCUCCUCCUCGGUAGACGCGAAGCGGCGCCGCGCCGCGCCCGCGCGAAUGCCGAUGGUCUCCGGCGGCGAGUCGGGGGCCGGGGACGAGGUGGAGAUGGAGAGGGCUGACGCCGAGGUGCGACAGUUUUCGGAGCAGGAGUUGCAGGACAAGGAGCAGCGCGCGCAGGAUGCGCUCGCCGGCGAAGUCGCCGCCCGCCUCCCCGACCGCGGCAGGAAGCUGCGCGUGUCGCUCGCCGCCAUCCGCCGGGAGCUCGCCCGCCGCGAGGCCCACCGCGUGGCCCCUCGCCCGCACGGCGGCGGCGGGACACGGGUGCAGGAUGACGACGGAUGCGAAAGGAUAGUUCGACCGAGGUGUGCCGAAUCAUCUGGUUUGGCUAGUGACUCCAAUAAAAGUAAAGUAACCAUAGCUGAUUUCCAGUCUUAUUUUGGGAUGGAUAAAAAGACAGGUGCUCACAUAUCUAGUUCGGAAACACGAAGAAGCCCCAACGAGCCUAACACUUUAGUAGAAAAUGAGGGAAAGUUGUGUGAAGAGAAAGAGUCUUGUAAAACCUCUUUACAGCCAACAAAUUCGUCUCAUAGAGAGUUGUGUCUAGACAACUCAAUCAACAUGAAGAAGAUAUCUGCUGAUGAUGCCUCUAAGGACAAUGGCCAUAAUAGGAUGUGGGAACCUUCGUCCACACCUUCUCGUAAAAGGAAAGGAGCUGCUCCAGCUAACUUUUCAAUGCGAUUGAGAUCAAGAAAGGGGGAGGUUGUUCUUCUUGAUGGAGACACAAACCAUCCAGAAGCUGCUGAAGAAACAUCCAAUAACUGGGAUGCAGGGAAACUAUACUAUCCUUCAAGGGACCACCCUAAUUCUGUUGAGAUGUCUACUGAUGACAUAAGAUGUCUCCAGCCUGAAUCAUUGCUAUCCUCACCUAUAAUGAACUUCUAUAUUAUGUAUCUACAGGGACCAAUGUCAUCAAUUAUUAGACCAAGAGGUGAGUAUCACAUUUUCAACACAUACUUCUUUAGCAAACUUGAAGCCCUUACAUCAAAGGAGGACAAGACCACUUGUUUUUUAAAUUUGAGAAGAUGGUGGAAGGGUGUAGAUAUAUUUCAGAAGGCAUAUGUGUUGUUGCCUGUGCAUGCAGAAACACACUGGAGUCUGGUCAUUGUAUGCAUGCCAGCAAAAGAAGAUCAAACGGGUCCCAUCAUACUUCAUUUGGAUUCACUGAAGUUUCAUAGUAGCAGAUUGAUCUUCAAUGUUGUUAGCAGAUUCCUUAAAGAAGAAUGGAACUACCUGAAUGCGAAUGUUUCUUUAGCAGAACUUCCCUUACGAGAAACUGUGUGGAAGAAACUUCCUUGUAAAAUCGAGAAGAAAACAAUCGAGGUGCCGCAGCAGGAGAAUGAUUUUGAUUGUGGCCUGUUUGUGCUUUACUAUAUGCAGCGGUUUAUUCAGGAGGCACCUGAAAGGCUUCAGAAGAAAGACCUUUCUAUGUUUGGCAAAGGGUGGUUCCGACCUGAAGAGCCAUCUCAUCUAAGACUUGAAAUUCGCCGUUUACUUCAGUCGUGUGGGGAAACUGAAUCUAAGAAUGAUGCGACCGAGCCAUCGUGUGCGGAAGCUGAAUCUAACAAUGAUGCAACCAAGCCACCAUCGGAAAACUUGUCAGAAGCAGUUGACGUUACCGCAGAAAAAUUGUCUGCUUCUUUUGAAGAGAACUGUAGAAGUGGUUGAUGCUGCCACGAAAUGCUAACAUCUGACUCUGGAAUUUUUCUGUAGAGGGGACAGAUCGCACUUGUAGACCUUGUAGCCGCUAGGUUGUUGGCUUGUGCUACAUGAAGAGGAAACUUGAGGGUGCAUGUAUAUAAACCUGUAGCUCUUAAUGUGUGGAAAAUACCGUGUAUAGUUCAGUAGCGAAACUGGGUAAAUUUGUCUUCUUUAAA